AUGGUGGUGGUUCCUGAAGCGAAAGACCAAAGCAAGGCAGCAAAAGGCAGGAGAAAGGGCCUGGCGCGGGCCCCCACGGCCACCCCAGCCCUCACCUGGGCCCCGGAUGACCCCUAUACCACCAUGGCAGACUACGAGCGCAGCAUCCAGGACAUGGUGCGCCAGCUGAAGAACAGCUCUGAGCCCAGUGACACCAAGUGCCAGGUCAACUUGAGGCUCUGGAGGUCCAACCGGAGGAGCCUGUCCCCUUGGGCCUACAGCAUAAACCACGAUGCCGCCCGGAUCCCAGCAGACCUCCCCGAGGCCCGCUGCCUCUGCACUGGCUGCAUCAACCCCUUCACGAUGCAGGAGGACCGCACCAUGGCCAGCAUCCCCAUCUACAGCCGGCUGCCCGUCCGCCGCCUGCUCUGCCAGCUGCCAGGCGAGGUGGGGCACAAGCACUUCGGGAAGAAGUGUCACAAGAAGUAUCAGAUGGUCAUGGAAACCAUUGCUGUGGGCUGCACCUGCAUCGUCUGA